AGAAUCUCCACGGACCUUCAUGUGGAGUGUCAGCGCACGUUGCAGGAUCGCCAGGCACUGUGAGGCAAGUUCUGCCCGGCUCCAGCAGAGUGGUGGUAACAACCGCUCUCCACCGCUCUCCCUACAAGCACCAUGGGGUCCAAGAAGGAAGAAGUGAGGCGGAAACACAUCCGCCUGCACAUGGAAGGGGCGCUCACCGCCAGGGACAAGGUCGGAGUGCAGGACUUUGUGCUACUGGACGCCUACACCAGCGAGUCCGCCUUCCUGGAGAAUCUUCGCAAGCGUUUCCGAGAGAACCUCAUCUAUACAUACAUCGGGACGCUGCUUGUGUCUGUGAAUCCGUACCAGGAGCUGGGGAUCUACACUGCUAGCCAGAUGGAACUUUACCAAGGAGUCAACUUCUUUGAACUACCACCGCAUGUCUAUGCCAUCGCCGACAACGCCUACCGCAUGAUGUGCUCAGAGCUCAACAACCACUUCAUCCUCAUUUCUGGAGAGAGCGGAGCUGGGAAGACGGAGGCCUCCAAGAAGAUCCUCCAGUACUUCGCGGUGACCUGUCCGAUGACGGAGUCGCUCCAAAUAGCCCGCGACAGGCUGCUGCUCUCCAUUCCAGUCCUAGAGGCUUUUGGAAAUGCCAAGACCCUCCGUAAUGACAACUCCAGCAGAUUUGGGAAGUACAUGGACAUACAGUUUGACUUCCAGGGUGUUCCUGUAGGUGGCCACAUCAUCAGUUACUUGAUCGAAAAGUCCAGAGUCGUCUAUCAAAACCACGGCGAGCGGAACUUCCACAUCUUCUACCAGCUGCUGGCGGGUGGGGGAGCGGAGCGCCUCGCCUCCCUGGGACUCGAGCGAGACCCCCAGCUAUACAAGUACCUCUCACAGGGUCACUGUGCCAGAGAGUCGCCCGUCAGCGACAAGAGUGACUGGGAUACCGUGUGUGGUGCCUUCUCUGUCAUUGGUUUCACUGAAGCCGACCUUGAGAACCUCUUUGGGAUCAUCGCGAGCGUCCUACACCUGGGCAACGUUUGUUUCAAGGGGGACAAACAAGGCUGUGCCAGCGUCCCGGACACCCACGAAAUCAAGUGGAUUGCCAAGCUCCUGGGGGUCUGCCCAGCUGUUCUUCUGGAAGCGCUCACCCACAGGAAGAUUGAAGCCAAAACAGAAGAGGUGAUAUGCCCGUUGACAGUAGAACUCUCUGUUUACGCCAGAGACGCCAUGGCAAAGGCUGUUUACGGGCGGACAUUUACCUGGCUGGUUAAUAAAAUCAAUUCUUCCUUAGUUAACAAGGAUUUCACCCAAAAGACUGUGAUUGGGUUGUUGGACAUCUAUGGCUUUGAAGUCUUUGACAAAAAUGGUUUUGAGCAGUUUUGUAUAAAUUACUGCAAUGAGAAACUCCAGCAGCUGCUGAUAGAGAGGACGCUGAAGGCGGAGCAGGCCGAGUAUGAGUCUGAAGGCAUCGAGUGGGAGCCUGUCCAGUACUUCAACAACAAGAUCAUCUGUGACUUGGUGGAAGAGAGACACAGAGGGAUCAUCUCUAUUCUGGAUGAAGAGUGCAUCCGUCCCGGCCCCGCGACGGACUUGAGUUUCCUGGAGAAGCUGGAGGAGAAAGUGGGCAAGCAUGCGCACUUCCAAACCCGGAAGCUGGCUGGUCCAAAGGGCCGGAAGAGGAUCGGCUGGCUGGAAUUCUGCCUCCUGCAUUACGCAGGAGAGGUUACCUACUGCACCAAAGGAUUCUUGGAGAAGAACAAUGACCUGCUUUACAGACACCUGAAGGAGGUGCUGUGCAGCUCCAAGAAUAGCAUCUUGAGGGAAUGUUUCCUGGUAGCGGAGCUUGAAAACAGGAGGCGACCACCCACGGUUGGGACUCAGUUUAAGAACAGCCUGAGCAGCCUCCUGGAAAUUCUCAUCUCCAAGGAGCCUUCCUACAUCCGCUGCAUCAAGCCCAAUGAGAGGAAAGAACCCAGCAAGUUUGACGACUUCCUCAUCAGCCAUCAGAUCAAGUACCUGGGGCUCAUGGAGCACCUGCGCGUGCGGCGGGCAGGCUUCGCCUACAGGCGCAAGUACGAGCAUUUCCUGCAAAGGUACAAGUCGCUGUGCCCAGACACCUGGCCGCACUGGCACGGACCCCCAGGAGAGGGCGUCGAGCGGCUGAUCAAGUAUAUUGGCUACCAACCUCAGGACUACAAGUUAGGAAAAACCAAAAUCUUCAUUCGCUUCCCCAGGACCCUGUUUGCUACUGAAGAUGCCUUUGAACUCAGUAAACAUCAGUUAGUGUCAAGAAUCCAGGCCACAUACAAAGGCUGCCUAGGGAGAAGGGAGUACAUGAAGAAGAGACAAGCAGCCACCAAGUUAGAAGCCCACUGGCGUGGAGUCCUGGCUCGGAAGGAGAUCAAGAGGAGAAGGUGGGCGGUGCGGAUCAUACGGAGGUUCGUCAAGGGUUUCAUCAACCGUGACAGACCCCUUUGUCCUGACAAUGAGGAGUUCGUAGUGCUUGUGAGGAAGAAUUACAUCUUGAAUCUUCGCUACCAUGUGCCGAAGAACGUGCUGGAUAAGAGCUGGCUGAGGCCUCCCGGCAUCCUGGAAAAUGCUUCCAAUCUGCUGAGGAGGAUGUGCACGAGGAACCUUGUUCGGAAGUACUGCCAUGGAAUCUCGGCCGAGAGGAAAGCCAUGAUGCAGCAAAAGGUGGUCACCAGUGAGAUAUUCCGGGGGAAGAAGGCAGGCUAUGCAGAGAGCCUGAACCAACCAUUUGCCGGCAGCCGGCUGGAUGAAGGCAACAUAAACCCCAAAGUGCUUCAACUGCUUGGCAGUGAGAAAAUCCAGUAUGGUGUCCCAGUCAUCAAGUAUGACAGGAAGGGCUUCAAGGCGCGGCAGCGGCAACUCCUCCUCACGCUGAGGUCGGCAUACGUGGUGGAGCUUUCCAAAGUCAAGCAGAAGAUAGAGUACGCAGCUGUGAGAGGCGUCUCGACCAGCAGUCUCAGCGAUGGAAUCUUGGUCAUUCACGUCUCACCAGCGGACAGACAGCAAAAGGGGGACGUCAUCCUGCAGUGUGAACACAUAUUUGAGGUGGCCACUAAGCUCGCCAUGCUGAUAAAGAAGGAGCAUGCCGUCCGUGUUGUCCAGGGAAGUUUACAGUUCUCUGUCAGCCCUGGGAGAGAAGGCACCAUAGUUUUUGAGACUGGAGAGGAAGACCAAGUCUAUAAGGAUAAAAACGGACAGUUAAGAGUGGUGUCCGCCAGGAAGAAGACCUGACAGAGGAUGACCUCCCCUUCCUCGGUCCCUAUUUCUGCUCAAGCUGAUGCAAGCACUGAACAAGCACGGACCCGCUUCAGUUAGCCAUGCUCAGGGCCAGGGCGGCCGCAUCUAGGAGCCCAUGCUACGGCAGAGCCAGGUCUCAGGCUUCGCUAUAUCCAGUCGCUCCCUGGGAGCCAUCCUAGAGUCCUCCCACGUCCCUGGUGGAACCCAAUUUAGGCGCACACCAAGAAGUCACUGUAGGGUGGGCAGCAGACUCAGUACCUCUGGCAAGCUGCUGAGACCCAGGAGUAAAGGAAAUUUCGUCAGGAGGCACAAUCUCAACUCUGCUGCCAGGGACGGGGCUAGGCUCCCAGAUCCUGGGGGAAGUGGGGGCCCCUGACUCCAAUCUCACACCAGCCCAUCCCUCAGCCCUGCAGAGAAUGACUGAGGUAGGAUGUGGUGGCCUUGCCCUUGCUGCAUGUUAGUAGCCAUGCUGACUGGGCCAGGCGUUCUCGAAAAGACCAGAAGGCAACGUGAGUAGAAGCGUUGUUUAAUGUUUAUUUUACACGUGUCUGCAGAUGCUCGUACAGGAGUGAGCACUUCUAAAACUCCCAGUAUGGUUUUCAUAGUGCAGAGGCAGGAAGAGAGUGGUACGUACAUGACCAGGGACCGUGGGUGGAGCCCUCUUGGCCUGCACGCACUCUGGGGAGGGCUGAUUACCAGCACUGAGCAGCAGGUAUGGGGUCUCAGCCUCCAGAGAGGUCAAACAGCCCAUCUGUCACAGCAGGCGACAGAGAGCUGUGCCAGACCUCCCAGGUGUGGGCCCCACAAACACUGAACUUGGAUACCAUGAGCAAAAAGCUAUUCUGAUUUAUUUUCAUUGUGAGCCCUGAGCGUGCAGUAAAAGCUCACUCUACACCGGCGGCUCACUAGAUGGUGAUCUACGAGCGCUGACUUCUGCUCCUCAAGCCCGUGGCUGGAGCCCUGAAGCAGAGCUUUGGAGACUGACGCCGGGUCAGGCCCUAGCUGGACUCAGUUGCCAGCGGGAUCAGGCACCGUGGAAUGUUCGCUAGGUCUGUUCCUAUCCCUGGGAGCUGAAGUACAAAGCUACAGGCACAAGGUUUGAGGGUAGAGGAAGGUAGAGAGAGCUGCCAAAAACAGUAACGGGAAGGCCAGAGGCCACAGCAAGUCAGACUGUGCCGCUAGGCCAUUCUCACAUGAGCAUUUACACAGUGUAUACAUGGCUUCUCCAUUCCUAUAGAAAACACCAGGACUGACAUUCACUUCCUAGAAAAACUGAACCCAACGGGCAGGGCUGACGUUUAAAACAAACAGUAUAAAAAACGUAGGACACAUACAUAAGCUCCCUUCUUGGCUCUUAAUACAAAAGGCUACCCCGUUCAUGGUUCCUCGACCCAGUCGGGAUGGAGUAUUGAUCAUAGGUUUUGUGUCAGAUACAAGAGAAAGGUAUACAACUGUCAUGUACAAAGUGAGCUGUACAAACCGUCGCAAAAUAGAAACUUUAAAACGUGUCAGAGACCACCCACUA